GAGCGGGAAGGGUGAAAUAUACGGGAAGAGCGUCCUGGCGCAAUGUGCCCCGACUUCCGCUCUCCACCUCCGCGAACGCGCCCGUUUCAAAUAAUGUGAAAGCGAAAGCGGCCGAACUUCAAGCUGUCACUAUAUAAUAAACCAAGACAGAGAUCACAUCAGUUUAGCUUAGUCAGGCCAAUGUCCUUCCGCACAGUUACAUCAGUUAAAGCCCACUCUUUUUCUUAGAAAGACAAGAACAUCAGUAUUUAAAGGGUUCAACAGAUUGGAGCUUCACUUUUCUUCACUGGACUGAGGAACAUGGAAACGUCCUAUAAAUAACUUGGUUUUUUAAAAGCCUGGAGACGGAACAGUUCUCUCGAGAUGCCAUUUGCACUCAUGGAAAAGGCAGAUGAAGAAACAAGCUCUUUCUCUGGAAGUGAUUCUCAGAGUCCACAGAACUGGGGCAGAGAUCAGGCAGGAGGGAGGGUUUGUCAGCGCCGACAGAGGAACAGAGAUGCAGCUCGGAAGAGUCGCAAAAAACAGACAGAGAGGGCAGAUGUGCUCCAUGAAGAAAUGCAAACUCUGGAACAGGCCAACGCUAACUUAUUGAAAGAGAUUUCUGAACUGGAGAAGGAAAUGCAGUGCUACACUACAGCCUUAAAAGAACAUGAACCACACUGUACACUAUCAUGUUGGUCUGGACCUUCCAUACCGCACAUGUCUACCUCAAACUCGCACCAGUUCUUUAAUAACCCGAAGACUGGUGAAGAGCCUGCUUUUCCAACACAUGAUCCAGCUGCACCGGACGUCUCGCUUGCUGAGCUCCUGAACAGGACUGACUGGGUGCCAUGGGACUUUGACAUAAGAUUACCACCAUUUUGAAAAAAAAAAGGAAAAUGUUCUUUCUUCUAACACCUCUGUCCAGCUUUCACAUUGCUAAUGGGUGAUAGUCUUUAGAAGUCUGUGGGGUUGUACUAAGAUAUAUUAUUAAAAUUCAAAUUAAUGUUUAGAUUUGAUAAAUACAGUCUGUUUUUCAGUGUAGUAUGUAAUGACCUGAAUGAAAAAUGUGUACACCAUAAUGAUUUCACUUGUCUACAAACCAUUUGCUGCUAAUUUGUGUGAAAAAAGGAACAUUAACACAAAAUGUGUGUUGAUUUGUAUAUUUGCAUUCCAGUUUAUAUAUGCAUAUAUAAAUAUAUAGUGUAUGUGUGUGUGUGUGUGUGUGUGUGUGUGAUUCCAAUGCAAAUAUAAUCUUCAAAUGUAAUCACUGAAUGUAGCCUGAAUGAUGAGUUUGUAUUUAUAAGUAAAAUAUUUGUCAUAUAAA